AUGUCGGGGCCGAGCGCCGUGUCGGACCCGCAGCACCCGGCGCGGCUGCUGCGCGCCCUCAGCUCCUUCCGCGAGGAGAGCCGCUUCUGCGACGCGCACCUGGUGCUCGAGGGCGAGGAGAUCCCCGUGCAGAAGAACAUCCUGGCGGCCGCCAGCCCCUACAUCAGAACAAAAUUGAACUAUAAUCCUCCAAAGGAUGAUGGCUCAACUUACAAGAUUGAACUUGAAGGGAUAUCUGUUGAUACCAUGAAAGAGAUUCUAGAUUACAUCUUCAGUGGGCAGAUCAGGCUAAAUGAAGAAACUAUCCAAGAUGUGGUACAGGCAGCUGAUCUCCUGCUGCUUACAGAUUUAAAAGCUCUCUGCUGUGAGUUUUUAGAAGGUUGUAUAGCUGCUGAGAACUGUAUUGGGAUUCGGGACUUUGCACUACACUAUUGUUUGCAUCAUGUUCACUACCUUGCCUCAGAGUAUCUGGAAACUCACUUUAGAGAUGUCAGCAACACAGAAGAAUUCUUGGAACUGACUCCAAAAAAACUGAAAGAAGUGCUGUCAAUGGAAAAGCUCAAUGUGGGAAAUGAAAGAUACGUCUUUGAAGCAGUGAUCAGGUGGAUUUCUCAUGAUGCAGAAUCAAGAAAGGUUCACAUGAAGGAUGUUAUGUCAGCAGUGUGGGUUUCAGGCUUAGAUGCAGCAUAUUUACGCGAGCAGAUGAUGAGUGAACCGCUGGUACGGGAGAUCGUCAAAGAAUGCAACAAUAUUCCCCUCACGCCCCCGCAGCAGGGAGAGGCGAUGCUGGCCUCCUUCAAGCCCAGGGGUUACUCCGAGUGUAUAGUGACUGUCGGGGGAGAAGAAAGGGUGUCAAGGAAACCCACCUCAGUGAUGCGGUGCAUGUGUCCUCUUUACGAUCCCAACAGGCAGCUCUGGAUUGAACUUGCUCCUAUGAGUAUUCCACGGAUCAACCAUGGAGUAUUGUCAGCAGAAGGAUUUUUAUUUGUGCUUGGUGGUCAGGAUGAAAACAAGGCAACGCUAAGCUCUGGAGAGAAGUAUGAUCCAGAUUCCAAUUCGUGGAGUUCCCUGCCACCAAUGAACGAGGCACGACAUAAUUUUGGAGUGGUAGAAAUUGAUGGAAUUCUGUAUAUUCUGGGAGGUGAGGAUGGUGAAAGGGAACUAAUCUCUAUGGAGAGUUAUGAUAUUUAUAAGCGGACCUGGACCAAGCAGCCAGACUUGACCAUGGUUAGAAAGAUUGGCUGCUAUGCAGCUAUGAAGAAGAAAAUCUAUGCAAUGGGUGGAGGCUCCUAUGGAAAACUCUUUGAAUCUGUGGAAUGUUAUGACCCUCGGACUCAGCAAUGGACAGCAAUCUGUCCUCUAAAAGAGAGAAGAUUUGGUGCAGUAGCCUGCGGAGUUGCCUCUGAGCUUUACGUGUUUGGCGGAGUCAGAAGUCGUGAUGACAGUCAAGCCAGUGAGAUGGUGACAUGCAAAUCUGAAUUCUAUCACGAUGAGUUUAAAAGGUGGAUUUAUCUGAACGACCAGAACUUAUGUAUCCCAACUAGCUCUUCUUUCGUGUAUGGAGCUGUGCCUAUUGGAGCCAGCAUUUAUGUGAUUGGAGAUCUUGAUACAGGUACAAACUAUGACUAUGUUAGAGAAUUUAAAAGAAGCACGGGAACCUGGCAGCGCACUAAGCCACUGCUUCAGUCAGACCUUCGCCGUACCGGCUGCGCGGCUUUGCGGAUUGCAAACUGCAAACUCUUUCGACUGCAGCUUCAACAAGGAUUAUUCCGCAUUCGUGUACAUUCUCCAUGAUUCCUGUGCCGGAAGUGGAGGAGACUGGAAGAAUUCCACACAGUCCACCAUAAUAUAGCUCUAUAUAAAGGAAAAGCUGAGAAAUUGCAACUGAAACUUACACUGUAUGCUGUGCUUUGGUAUGGUAACUGUUUUUGUUUUAAAUGCUUAAAAAGCUUGAGUCUCAGUUCAUGUUUUGGGGACAAAUAACUCUACGUAUACAUUAAAGAAGAGAUAUAAAAAUGAGAUAAGGAAACACCUUCAGCCCUAACCAUUUAGUUUAAACUGUGUUGUCGAAGGAGUUUCUUUGUGUCUGAAACUGGUGGGAAUCGGUAUUCCUUUGACGAAGUUUAUUGAAAGCGAAAAGGAUUUAAAUAUCAGUUCCCCUUGGGGGAAAUGCAAAGAAUAAAUGUGCAAUUUUGGACUGGAUAGCUAUAAUGCACAGAAGCUAUAUGAAAACCAACCUCUCUGGUAUACUGCAAAGACUGUUGUUUGACUGUAAUGCAAUAGGAGAUGUUGGUUGUUGCACCAUUUAUUUCUAGUCCUUCCUUAAAAGAUAAGGUCUGUGCCUAAAAAUGGUGGAGGUGUACAUAUGUUUUUCAUUCAUUUGCAAUGUUUUCAUUCCUAAGAAUAUUUUUAAUAUAUUUAAAAUGGACUAAUCUAAAACAGAUACAAUACACUACAGAUAAGUAAACUCUUUUCUAUGCUGUCAUUUGAAUAGCCUGACGCACUGGUGUACAGAUGGGUGGCAUGCAUUUCUUUGGAUUUUGGAGGCUAUUUUCUUGAAGUAAAAGUAAUUGGAAAGGUUCACGACAAUUGCUGCUCUUGGUAAAAGGCAACAAAACUUGACAAAUUAAAGUAGGUUGUGUUCCUUUUUACGUCAGAUGAUUUGCUAAGAGUAGAGUUUUUAAGACUGAGGGUUGUAGGAUUUUAUCUUUAUUAGAACAAAGGUGGCAUGUGACAACGAUAUAUUUGUUUUUCAGAAAACAUGAUUUUUGGACCAUCAAUUAAGGAAAAUUGUACAGCAACUUUAAAUUGGGAUCAAAAGCUGGUUUACUAAUGAUUUCUAUGCUAAGGUACAAAGUCUUGUUUACUACUGUUUAACUUUGAAAGUGGGGUUUUAUGGUGUGGUUGUAGUGAAGAAUUUAGCAUCUUGCGUUUUAUUUCUUAAGUCUUGUUUGCAUCAGUAGUGAUAUUUAAUUGACUUAUAGUAAAGAUCGGCUGGUAGAACAUUUUACCUCACUUCUUGCUUUGUUGUUGUUUGUGAUAGGUGGGAUAUAACAUAUUUAUUAAAAAAAAGAAAAUGAGAUGGAAAUAGAAUCGAAAUCUCGUGCCCAUCAGAAAAAAGAGACUUUAUAUUACCAGUAUUAUAAUCACAUGUAGUACUUUCCAUUCUGCAACUUUGUGGACCUUAGAAGCUAAUUUUUGCCCUCAGUUUUGUUAGUGUAAAUGUUUGUCGCUUUCAUUGAAUCAUUAUUGAUCUGCUGAGAUACAAUUCCACAUUAGCACAAAAUAAUGAUAUUUAAAUAUUCCUUUAAGAGACAUUCUAAAACUUACUCCUGCUCAUAAUCCUUCCAUAAUGCUGAUUCCUAGCUAGAAUUACCCUGGUUCUGAGCUGGGUGAGGUCGGAAGGGGGCAGCAGCUAACCCACUGACCACUAUUUAUUUAUUAUUUUUUUGUAAUGCUGAAGUGCUG